AUGUCUCGAUGUUUAAGAGGUCCAUAUUCGAAAGCAUGUACCAACUGUCGUAAGGCGAAAAAAAGAUGCUCUGGUUGUAUUAACACGAAGUGUCAGCGAUGCAUUAAAAAGGGACUUUCGUGCAUUCCUUACAAGAAUAAUUGCAAAAAAAUUUGGAAUAAGCAUGAAACCUGUUUAGAAUUAUCUUCUACCACGACGACUAAUUUUCAAUCCUCUUACGAAGAUCAGCAAAUAGAAAAUUCGGAAAUGCUGAUGGCAACACAAAAUCCAGAAUACCAUUCGGGCAUCUUUGAAAUUAUGCAUGGAAAUAGGGAAAACAAACACAUUACUGACUUAAUUCGUUACAAUCAUCAACCAGAGAAAUUCUUACAUUCACCUGUUAAUGAAGAGAAAAAUAAUGCACCAUAUACUUUACACGAAGAUCACGAAACCAACUAUAUGAGUUAUUAUGACAUUUCCAACCAUAUGUAUUAUGGUAUUAAUGACUAUAUUGAAAGUGAUUUCAAUAACUAUAUGGAAUCUGAUAUUGAUAAAUUGAUGGGUUUAUCAUUAAUACCUUGUGCUGAUUUCAGUUGCUGUCAAAAUUUAAAUUCCGAAUAUGCAGAUGACUCUAUUAUCCGCUUUAAAAAUCAAGAUCCCUAUAAUGACUCCGUCUACGUACAAGAGUCAACCCAAGAAAACUCAACCGAAUUUAAAAUUUCUGAGAUCGAUGUCCAAAAUAAAUUUUCCCUAGAUGAAAAAGACAUUUACUUUUUAAUCUAA